UCGCCGGGAUGACGUCACGGCUGUAGUGCUGAGUGGGUUCCGGUGUGGUCGGGCCUGCGCUGCACUGCUGCCUGUCUGCCUCCUGUCCGGCCCCGGGGACCCGCAAACCGGCAAGAUGAGCACCAUGUUCGCGGACACCGUGCUCAUUGUGUUCAUAUCGGUGUGCACGGCUCUGCUGGCGGAGGGUAUAACGUGGGUAUUGGUGUACAGAACAGACAAGUACAAGAGGUUAAAAGCUGAAGUGGAGAAACAGAGUAAAAAAUUGGAAAAGAAAAAGGAAUCUAUAACCGAAUCUGCUGGACGAACACAAAAGAAGAAAAUAGAACGUCAGGAAGAGAAAUUGAAGAACAAUAACAGAGAUCUAUCCAUGGUUCGAAUGAAGUCAAUGUUUGCAAUUGGUUUUUGCUUCACAGCUUUGAUGGGCAUGUUCAACUCAAUAUUUGAUGGACGGGUUGUAGCAAAGCUGCCGUUCGUUCCUUUGUCAUACAUACAAGGGCUGUCACACAGAAACCUGCUGGGGGAAGAUUAUACUGAUUGCUCCUUUAUUUUCCUGUAUAUCCUGUGCACCAUGUCCAUUCGACAAAAUAUCCAGAAGAUGUUGGGACUUGCUCCAUCUCGAGCUGCUACCAAGCAGGCUGGUGGAUUCCUGGGACCACCACCGCAAGCUGGAAAAUUCUCUUAGGUCAUAUGGAAAGGUCAAGAAAUAUCAAAGAUCUCCCAUCUCAGAUUCAUAUCAUUGAAAACUUACACCAGUGUUUGUACACCUGCCUCCGAUUGUUAAAAUACAGUGACUGAAUCUGUUUGUUACUCUCAUGACAUCGCUCAAUCAGGGACUUCACUAUUCUAAGGACUUCUGUAUACUGAUCAAGGAAUAUAUUUUUCACAGUUGUAUUCAUGCUGCAAAAGUAAUAUAUGGAAUCCAUUCAUUGCAUGGUAAUUUUUUAAUUAUGUUAGUACUUUUUGGGGUCAAAUUUUUGAUAUAUAUAAUCUCCUAAAAAUAAUUGAGAGCCCACCCCGUCCUUAUUUUUAAU